CUACUAUCCCACAUCUCACUUCCGGCCGGUUAGUUACACACAGCAGGUCUAACAGGAGCAACAGGACAACAGGACCGUUGUUGACUUUGGUACUUCAUUCUAACGGUUCUAACGCGUCGGUCGAUGCUGGUAGUUGGUGUUGGAAGUUUACUAGUUUCGCUUCGUAGUUGUUUCAGGCAGAUUCGUGAUUUCUUCAAAUAAAAUAAGAUGAGCUCACGCAAGUACUAUCCUGUACAGUGUACACCUACAGUUUACCCUGCAGAACCAUUUGAUUCGACUGCAGAUGCAGAAACAUUGCGAGCAGCAAUGAAAGGUUUUGGAACUGAUGAGCAAACAAUAAUUGAUAUCUUAGCAAAAAGAGGAGUUGUGCAGAGACUGGAGAUUGCUGAGACUUUCAAGACUCUGUUUGGAAAGGAAUUGAUUCAUGAGUUGAAGAGUGAGCUGGGUGGUCACUUUGAAGAUGCUAUCGUUGCUCUGAUGACCUCACUACCUGACCUAUAUGCUAAGGAAUUGCAUGAUGCCAUCAGUGGGAUUGGCACUGAUGAGGAGGCCAUUGUGGAGAUACUGUGCACACUCAGCAAUUACGGAAUCCGUACCAUAGCAGCUGUGUAUGAGAAAUUGUAUGAGAACUCGCUGGAGAGUGACUUGAAGGGUGAUACAUCUGGACACUUCAAGAGGUUGCUUGUGUCUCUUCUCACUGCUAAUAGAGAUGAAAGCCCUGAUGUUGAUGCUAGUGCAGCAGUGGCUGAUGCUGAAUCUCUUCUGGAAGCAGGUGAAAUGCAGUGGGGGACGGAUGAAUCUGCUUUCAAUGCCAUAUUGGUUUCCCGCAGUUAUGUUCAGUUGCGUCGUGUGUUCCGCGAGUAUGAGAAACUUGCAGGUCAUGACAUUGAAACUGCAAUUAAACGUGAAUUUGCAGGCAGUUUGGAAGAUGGAUACUUGUCCAUAGUAAAAUCUGUGAAGGAUAAGACUGCCUAUUUUGCUGAGAGACUCCAUAAUGCCAUGGCUGGAAUGGGAACACAGGACAGGACACUUAUCAGAAUCAUUGUUACACGUUCAGAGAUUGAUUUGGGUGAUAUCAAAGAAGACUAUGAGAAACUGUAUGAAAAAAGCUUAGCAAAUCGUAUUGAGGAGGAUUGUUCUGGUGACUUCAAGAGAUUGUUGCUGGCUUUGUUGGGUUAAACUGAAAUGCUGAAAUGUUGCAGUUGGGAAGAUUAGAAAUAGCAAUUACAGAGUAAAUUGUACACAUGUUUAUGUAUCUAUAGUCACAGAUAGGAUAUAGAUCUGAUGUCGGGUACUAUGUGUAGUAUGAUGUUAAAGGACUUUAAUGUAAAACAUGUGCUGCUGUUUUUAAAUAGGAGCAGAAUUUAUAGAGCUGACUGCCUUAUCAUCAGGUGCUUGUAGUAAUAGGUCUUUUGGCUUUUUUAUACUUCAGCACAUUGAACACCAUUCUAUAUUGAUGCUUUUAUCUCCUGCUGCCAACAAUAUGCACCGAAAGUAAGGAAUUCUAAUGGUGAAAGACAAAAGUAUUGAUUUGAGAAAAAGGUUGGAAACUGGUUAGAAAUUCCUAAUUUUUAUGUGCCCAUCCAGGAUCCAGGAUUCUGGAACUGAAAAAACUGCUAGCUAGUAUUUGUAGACAAAUUCACAUUGGGGCCCCCAGAUGUAGUAUGCAGUAGAAGACCAUUAUAAUAAGAAUUGUUAACAAAAAAUUAAUUACUGAUAGAUUCGAUCCUGGAUAUAUGUGAUUUCCCCCAAAAUCAAACAAAUAGCUGUGAAUUCCUCAUUGUAACCACUAGAAGAAGUGGAAGUUUUUAAGGGAGUUAGUAAGUUAAUUCUUUUAUACUGCAAGUACAUGUAUAUUAUUUUGUGAGAUUUCAGCUCAGUACAGGGAGGAAGAGUCAGGUCAAUUUAAUAACAUUGAUUCUUACUUCAGAUACCCAUGAAGGCAUUAGUGGGAGUUGUCAACAUUUUUGGUAUUAAAUUAUAAUUUAAUAUAAUUAUUAUGAUAUAAUGAUAAUUAUCAGUGGCACUCUGUAGUUUGGUGGCAAUUUACAUUUCUCUUAAGGACUCAACAUCAGCACUCCUGCAUUGUUUUUUUCCUUCAUUGGAGUGAAAUUUCAUGAACAUCAUUGUUAUAACAAUAAUAUACGAAGUUACUUUGGAUAUAAGAUUUUUGAAUGUGGGUUUUAGAAAGAAAUUGGAAAGGCACACAUUCCUCAUAUAUAAAACACGCAUCAGUUUUUCAGUGGGAAAACUAUGUAGCUUGUAUUAGAAUUAAUAUGGUAUGAAGCUCCAUAAUAGUGUUAAAACACGGAUAUUGUAUAAACACAGCUCAGUGUUGCAGCCAAGUUUGCAUGUGCCAGUAGUGGCUUAGGGAUGGGCACAAUAGAAUGAAAACUAUUGUAUAAUUGAAAUGUCUGUAAAAUAAUUACAUCAGUACUGAAAAUCUGAAUGAGAACUGUCAAAUGGCUUGUUUGAUAGUUAUGUCCUGAUAUUGAAGAAAUAUUUGACAUUACAAAUUAAAAUUGACUGCAUAAAAAUACUUGUAAAAACAAACUUCUCGUUGUAGGCCUUACUUGUUACAUCAGACUUUGACUGUAUAUUGGGACUUGGAACAGUGGUUUUCAGUGUGAAUGAUCAGAAUACAACUAGUUUGCAUAAUAUAAGCCACAAAUUAUAAUUAUGGUGCAGUAUGUAAAAUUAUUAUAGAAUUAACUCAGCCUUAUGAUAUUAUUGUUACAUAAUGAAUCUCUCCUUUUGAAGAGGUUAAGCUGUUACUUGUUGUAAAGAGUAUGGUUUUUGUAUUAGACUUUAAAAAUAUUUUUGAUAUAGGUUAUUUUUAUUUCAUAUUCAUAAAUGAAAAUGUGAAGCAAGAGUCAUUUGUAUUUGUCCUUCAUAUCCUUUGCUUUGUUGGGUAAUUGCUACUGCAGUGUGAAACCAAGCUGUAAUGGAAUUUCGUUUUUCCACUUAAUGAAUUUCCUCUUGCAUUGUUCUUCCAUCACAUGCUGCAUGUUAAAAAUUGUUUCAUUCACAAGCAUAAUUCUGCAACCAGUGAUGACUUAAUAUUUGUGAUUUUUCUCUCUAAUUCACUGAAAAUUCUGAAACAGUAUCUUUUUGCAAACCAGUGCACUUGGAUUAUGAAACUGAAAAUGAUACAAAGUUUAUUAAUUGUAACCAGCUUUUGAUAUAUAUAUAUAUAUGUUUGUGUAUUUUUUUUAAUGUAUCCUUCCUCAUGGUAAGCAGUAAGCAAGAAUAACACACUUUAAAAGAAAGUAACACCAGUUUUGAAAAUGAAAUUUCAACAUUCACUAUACAUGUGAGAACCUCAUUGUAAAGCAGCUUGUGAGUCUAUAUUUUGGAGAGAUAUGGCCCCAGGUUAUGUUGAAUAAACUCUCUUUGCUGUGGAAA